AUGGCGUCGGGGCCGGGGCCAAGGUCGGCGGGGGCGAUGGUGGCGGGAGGCCAGGAGCUGUGGCGUUAUUGCACGAAGUGGGCCGGUGGCGGGUCGUCGGCGGCAUCCAGGCACCAGGCGUUGGGCGCGCGGGUAUGGGCGUGGGCUCUAGGAUUGCACCAGAAGGCUUGGAAGCGAAGGCAGGGGAGCGGCGCGGGCGUGGGAGAGGUUUUGUGCAUCGCGGGGGAGCAGCACGGCGGUGGGGCAGUCCGGCGACCGCCUGGACCCUAUCGCGGGGCGGACUACUUCGGCGCGGGCCUCACCUCAUGCGUCGCAAGGUUGCCAGCGCGGGAGCUGCGCAGCGAGGGCGCGUUGGCGGUGGCGGCGGCGCAGGGCGAGAUCCAGAAGAUGGUGGAGGCCCCGCUAGAUUGUUGGCCCGGGUGGGAGUUCUUCAAGGAGGCCGGCGACGGGUCGAUCGUCGCCGAGCAGAUGAUGAACAUGUCUGGGUCGCCGGGCUUCGGCGCGUACGAUGUGGAUGAUUUCGGGUGGGGAAGGCCGAGCCAGAGGGAGCACCGCCGCUAG